AGGAGGCCAUGUGGAGCUCGUCAAGUGGUCAAUGGCCCGUUGCCAAGUGUUCCAUUGUUAACCUCUUCUGGUGCCAAGUAGUUUCCCCACGAGCUCCACGAGCAGACCAGCUCCUCCAUCCUCCUCCUUCUCCUCCUCAGCGUGUUCUCGGGGAUACCUCCAUCCAUGGAGAUGGAGGCUUCUAGCUGACGAGGCUGGUGGCUUCCGGAUUGGUACGUACGUGCUGUUGGUGCAUGCAUGAUUGCCGCUUGCGCCCCCACCAUUAGUUGGUUGGAGCUCGCUCCGGUUCUUGUCCAGCUCUGUUUUCGCGAGCCGGUGGUUGCAGAUCUUAGCUCCUGUUCAUAGCUUGCUAGGCCACAGAUUGCAGAUUUCUUUCUAGGUGGAGGAUUAGUUAGGUCGCUCGCUGUUCUUGAAUCGAAUCUGGAGGAGAGGAGAGGAGAUUCUUGCAGAUUCAGUAGUGUAGAGGAGAAGCAGAGAUUUGAAUCUUGAGGGUGGGGGCAAGCAAUGGCGAUGGAGCCGACGGUGAAGGUGGCGCUGGGGACGGCGGCGUUCGGCAUCUUCUGGGUGCUGGCGGUGUUCCCGGCGGUGCCCUUCCUGCCCAUCGGCCGCACGGCGGGGUCGCUGCUGGGGGCCAUGCUCAUGGUGCUCCUCAACGUCAUCACCGCCGACGAGGCCUACGCCGCGGUGGACCUGCCCAUCCUCGGCCUGCUCUUCGGCACCAUGGUCGUCAGCGUCUACCUGGAGCGCGCCGACAUGUUCCGCCACCUGGGACGCGCGCUCUCGUGGCGGAGCCAGGGCGGCAAGGACCUGCUCCUCCGCACCUGCGCCGUCUCCGCGCUCGCCUCCGCGCUCUUCACCAACGACACCUGCUGCGUCGUCCUCACCGAGUUCAUCCUCAAGAUCGCCCGCCAGAACAACCUCCCGCCCAAGCCGUUUCUCCUCGCGCUCGCCUCCUCGGCCAACAUCGGCUCCGCGGCCACCCCCAUCGGCAACCCGCAGAACCUCGUCAUCGCCGUGCAGAGCGGCAUCUCCUUCGGCGACUUCGUCUUCGGCAUCCUGCCGGCCACCCUCGUCGGCGUCGUCGUCAACGCCGCCAUCCUCCUCUGCCUCUACUGGCGGGAGCUGUCGGACGAGAAGUGCGUCGACGUGUCCCACGACGCGCUCCCCGCCGAGGUCGUCGACGAGGACGACGUCACCUCGCACCGCUUCUCGCCGGCCACCAUGUCCCACCCGCGCCGCGGCCGCCUCCCCGACGGCUCUGUCCUUCCCGACGCGGCCGGCUGCGACGCGCACUGCUCAUGCGAGCCGGUGAAGCCUGGCUCCGUCAACGGCGACGUCGCCAAGGCGGCGCCCGACGGCGUCGGGAUCCACCAGAGGCGUGGCUCUGCCGCCAGAGUGACGGCCAAGGAGGGGGAUGGGUACUGCUGCUUCAACUCGACGGAGGAGAAGGAGGCGGCCAUGGACGAGGAGUGGAAGAACAGGCUGUGGAAGACGUGCGUGUACGCCAUCACCUUCGGCAUGCUCGUGGCGCUGCUGCUUGGCCUCAACAUGUCCUGGAGCGCCAUUACCGCCGCCCUGGCGCUCAUCGUGCUCGACUUCAAGGACGCCCGCCCCUGCCUCGAGAAGGUCUCCUACCCACUGCUGCUCUUCUUCUGUGGGAUGUUCAUCACGGUGGAUGGCUUCAACAAGACCGGCAUUCCGAGCACGUUCUGGGAGUUCAUGGAGCCCUACGCGCGGAUCGACACGCCCACCGGGGUGGUCAUCCUCGCCCUGGUCAUCCUUCUCCUCUCUAAUGUCGCGUCGAAUGUCCCGACCGUCCUGCUGCUCGGCGCACGGGUGGCGGCCUCGGCGGCGGCGAUCUCCCCGGCGGCGGAGACCAACGCGUGGCUGAUCCUGGCGUGGGUGAGCACGGUGGCCGGCAACCUGUCGCUGCUGGGGUCGGCGGCGAACCUGAUCGUGUGCGAGCAGGCGCGCCGGUCCCAGCAGUUUGGCUACACCCUCUCCUUCUUCAGCCACCUCCAGUUCGGCUUCCCGGCGACGCUCAUCGUCACCGGCAUCGGCCUGCUGCUCAUCAAGAGCAACUGAACAAGAGAGAUCAUGAUUAUCACCAACACAGCAGCAGAAGAAGAUAUGAUUCAUAUGGAUAUAUAGGCAUGUAAAUUUUUAAAAUUGUGAAUGUUGGGCCGUCAUUUGUGGCCUGUGGGGUAAGUCUUGUGCCACAAAGAAGCUGGGAGGCCCCCGAGCACGGAUGAUGCAAUUCAUGGUGGUGCUCGGAGGCUUUUUGGGUUGUACAUUCUAUAUAUAUUGAAAAAGAGGAGGAAGAAGAAGAAGAUGUACAUGAGUAGCAGAUGUCUCAGUCAAGCAAGUAAAAGGAGGUGUAUAUUUGUUCAGUAUUCACGAUGAAUUGGAUGGUACACAUUGCAAUC